AACCUAGAGCCACGGGUCACAGAGUCGCCCACCCCAGCCAGGCCAACAGCAUCUGCAAGAUCCCCAAUGGCGCUGCCCUCUUCCUUCUUGGUGGCCCUGGUGGCGCUGGGCUGCAACUCCGUCUGCUCUCUGGGCUGUGACCUGCCUCAGACCCACGGCCUGCUGAACAGGAGGGCCUUGACGCUCCUGGGACAAAUGAGGAGACUCCCUGCCAGCUCCUGCCAGAAGGACAGAAAUGACUUCGCCUUCCCCCAGGACGUGUUUGGUGGAGACCAGCCCCACAAGGCCCAAGCCCUCUCUGUGGUGCACGUGACGAACCAGAAGAUCUUCCACUUCUUCUGCACAGAGGCGUCCUCGUCUGCUGCUUGGAACACCACCCUCCUGGAGGAAUUCUGCACGGGACUUGAUCGGCAGCUGACCCGCCUGGAAGCCUGUGUCAUGCAGGAGGUGGGGGAGGGAGAGGCUCCCCUCACGAACGAGGACUCCAUCCUGAGGAACUACUUCCAAAGACUCUCCCUCUACCUGCAAGAGAAGAAAUACAGCCCUUGUGCCUGGGAGAUCGUCCGAGCAGAAAUCAUGAGAUCCUUGUAUUCAUCAACAGCCUUGCAGAAAAGGUUAAGGAGCGAGAAAUGAGACCUAUUCAACAUGGAAAUGAUUCUCACUGACUAAUCGUACCACACUUUCCACCUGUCCUGCCAUGUCAAGGACUCAUCUCUGCUGUAGUCGUGACAUGAAAUGAAAUAACUUGUCAAAUGUUUUAGGAGUAAUAAGCGACAUCAUGUCACCUC